AUGAGGGCCCGGAACCAGGAGCAUAAAGAACCGAGAAGCAGCUUCCGCUUGCCCGCUGGUGAGCGGGAUGAAGGUUCUGGGUCCAGGCCCAGGUUAGAUCUACAAUUUCUCCAGCGGUUCCUGCAGAUACAGAAGGUUUUAUUUCCCUCUUGGCCAUCUCAGAACGCCUUGAUGUUCCUGACCCUUUUGUGUGUGGCCCUAUUGGAACAACUGGUGAUCUACCAGGUUGGGUUAAUCCCCAGUCAAUACUACGGGGUCCUGGGAAACAAGGACUUGGAUGGGUUUAAGACCCUGACAUUCCUGGCUGUGGUGCUCAUCGUUCUCAACUCCAUGCUAAAGAGCUUUGACCAGUUCACCUGCAACCUGCUGUACGUGAGCUGGAGGAAGGCCCUCACAGAGCAUCUCCAUCGUCUCUACUUCCGGGGCCGCGUUUACUACACCCUCAACGUCCUGCGGGAUGACAUCGACAACCCGGACCAGCGCAUCAGCCAGGAUGUGGAGCGAUUCUGCCGGCAGCUCAGCAGUAUGGCCAGCAAGCUGAUCAUCUCCCCCUUCACCCUGAUCUACUACACCUAUCAGUGCUUCCAAAGCACAGGCUGGCUCGGCCCUGUGAGCAUCUUUGGAUAUUUCAUCCUGGGGACCGUAGUGAACAAAAUAUUGAUGGGACCCAUUGUGGCGAAGCUGGUGCAGCAGGAGAAGCUGGAAGGGGAUUUCAGGUUCAAGCACAUGCAGAUCCGGGUGAAUGCCGAACCUGCUGCUUUCUACAGAGCUGGGCACGUGGAGCACAUGAGGACAGACCGCAGGCUGCAGAGGCUGCUGCAGACCCAGAGGGAGCUGAUGUUCGCGGAGCUCUGGUUGUACAUCGGGGUCAACACAUUUGACUACCUGGGCAGCAUCCUGAGCUACGCUGUGAUCGCUAUCCCCAUUUUCAGUGGUGUCUAUGGAGACCUUAGCCCCACAGAGCUCAGCACCCUGGUGAGCAAGAACGCCUUUGUGUGCAUUUACCUCAUCAGCUGCUUCACCCAGCUCAUCGACCUCUCCGCCACACUCUCGGAUGUGGCCGGUUACACACACAGGAUUGGGGAGCUUCAGGAGACCCUGUUGGACAUGUCCCUGAAGUCCCAGGAUGAUGAGAUCCUGGACGAGAGCGAGUGGCUCUGUGCAUUGAGGAUUGGCUGCCCAGUGAUAUACCCCCUGAAGGAGAUCUACCCGGGCGCAGGUUCUACUGAUGACGAGAGGAUUAUGAGGUUCUUGGAGUUGGCAGGCCUGUCCAGCUUGGUGGCAAGAACGGAGGGACUGGACCAGCAGGUCGACUGGAACUGGUAUGAUGUUCUGUCCCCGGGGGAGAUGCAGAGGCUCUCCUUUGCCCGGCUUUUCUACCUGCAGCCAAAGUACGCAGUGCUGGACGAAGCCACCAGUGCCCUGACCGAGGAGGUGGAGAGCGAGCUCUACCGCAUCGGUCAGCAGCUGGGCAUGACGUUUAUCAGUGUGGGCCAUCGGCGCAGCCUUGAGAAGUUCCACUCCUUGGUUCUGAAACUCUAUGCGGAAGGAAGAUGGGAACUGAGCAGAAUCAAAGUGGACUGAAGCUAAGGAUGCAGUUGGUCCCUGGAAGGAGAGCUGGACUCGGCAGAUUGGGGUCCCCGGAGCCGCCGGGCAAGGAGUGAGCCCUGAUGUACCUCGAGGGUCCAGUGUGGACCCAGCUGAGCUGGGACACCCAGCGCUGCCUCAGCCCGAGCUCUGAACGCCUGCAUUGCUGAUUACUUGCUAAUGACCUCAGAUCAUGUUUUCUAAAGAAAAACCCAAAAGUGUGAUGUCUCUAAGAAAUGAAGGGUCACAAUGGACCAGUGAUGGAUUUGGAGUCAAGAGAUCCACAAAUCUUUUAAAUCGGCUACAUUUUGCAGCAACAGAUUUUUAAAUUUAAUUAACUGACCAUAUAAAUGUAAUAGCUUU